CCCAAUAGCUGCUGGUUAGUAAAUACACAGGAACACCACAAGCGGGAGGAAGCGUUGGUUAAUCUGUUUAUUAAUACUGGGAUGUCUACACGACUGUGUGAGUCGAUUGCCUUCAAACAGUUCGCCAAUGUACUCAAACCAAAAUUCAAAACACCUGGAGCUGCAAGAGUCAACAGCCUUAUUGGGGCUAAAAUGGAUAUGGCAAAGCAGAAAUUAAAAGAGAUCAUUAAGGAUGCGAGGAAGCUGACCCUAUGUGUAGAUGGUUGGAGCAAGACAGGAUUAACCGCAUCUUUUAUGGGUGUGUCAGCUUGUUUUUACCACCCGGCCAGAGGCCAGGUUCACCAUGCCCUGCUUAACCUGCACCAAUUGGAGCACCCUCACACAGGGGAGUCCAUUGCUCACUGCAUUGAUCGGACAUUAGAUGCGUGGGGUAUAGGAGAAGACAAGGUGCUGCUCAUUGUGACGGAUAACGGCUCCAACAUUGUCGAGGCUGUGCGGCUUCUCAGGGAUACAAAGCGAGAGCAGAGCCAUGAGUCAGAUGGCGCUGUCUCUCAGGCGCAGCCAAGAGGUGUGGGAGACGAGCAGGAUGAAAUGUGGAUGGAGUCGGAGGGGUCAGACGAGGAGGAUGAGGAUGAAGAGGAGACUGAGAUUGGAGGCGUUGAACUUGACCUGCCAGAAGAUGGGGAGAACAACAAGUUCCAGAGAAUGCCAUGCCUGGCCCACAGCCUUCAGCUCACACUUAAAGAUGCCAUGAAACACACAAAUGUUCAUUCAGUCAUAACAAAAGCAAGAAAACUAGUACACACUGUGAGGAAAUCGUCAGCGGCUAAUGAAGAAUUGAUCAAAAGAUGUGGCAAAACUUUGGUCCGGGAUUGUAGCACACGCUGGAACAGCACUUUUGAUAUGCUGAGAAGACUGCUGGAGACCAGUGCAGAACUAAACCAACUACUUGAGAAUUUUGGCAUGGACACUCUUCUCACAAGCGAUUGGGCUAAGCUGGAGAACCUUGUCAAGCUGCUUGAGCCCUUUGCUGUUCACACAGACCAGCUUCAGAGUGACAGUCAGUCACUCUCACGAGUAGUACCAUGCCUGCUCAACCUUGAGGCACACUUGCUGAUGACUGCUGUUGGAAAACCAUUAGCCCAAAUACUGCUGAAGUCCUUGCGAGAACGUUUUGCUGGCAUUCUUAGCCCUGAUUCCAUACAGUUUGAUGCCACACCAGCAGCAGCCUGCCUAAUGGAUCCAAGUGUUUCGCUGGUUCUUCAAUCACCAGACACAGUGCCACUGAAGAGGGCAUCACAGUCCUUUGUGCAGAACCUGGCAGCUCAGUAUCACCCACCAUCUUCUCAGUAUGAUGGUGCUACUUCCAGGACCACACAAACUCCAACAGGAGCCCCUCUUGCUGUCCUUCAGAAAUACCGCUUCCUUGCAUCCCGUAUAGAGGUCAACGUGUCCUCCACAAAUCAGCCUAAUCUGACCGAUGGUCUGUUGAUCGAAAUGGAGAAGUACGUCUGCGAUGUCAAACAGGGAGUAUUUAAUGAGACACCAUUGCAGUUCUGGAGAUCUAGAGAAGCUGUGUAUCCAAAACUUGCCCCUGUGGCAUUGGAUCUUGUUAGUGCCCCUGCCUCACAAGCCUUUGUGGAGCGCAUCUUUUCUUUGUGUGGACUGCUGUCAUCUGGCCUGAGAAACAGAACAACCACAUCUCUGGAGCAACGAGUUUUUCUCAAGAUCAAUAAGAAAUUAUUGCUUGACUGAAGUAAAGCCAUCUCUCUCUUUCUCACCCAUGCACACUCACGCCCAUAGCACACAUGCACUAAAAAUCUUGAAAAGCUGUAUUUGAAACAGCUGAUUCAUUAAUGCAAGGGACUUACAUUCUUAUGUUUACCAUGUUGGACAUGAGUCUAUGUAAACUUAACAUAGAAAAGCAAACCACAUCAGCUUCCAGCUGAGAUGGUGCAGUAUCUUGCCAGCGCUCAGUGUACUUGAAGUGUCCAAAAUAUUUACUGUUAAUUAAUGAUGUCAAGUACAACAUAUGCAGUAUUGUAUUGCCAUAAAGCUGCAGCACAUGCAUAUAAUGCUGGACAGUCCAAUUCAUUGAGUAGCCUAGUUAAUUUUGAGAUGGUUCAUCUAAAUGUGUUGACCUUCUAGAGUUUAUUUUUAUUUUUGAUGUUCUUUUCUCAGAUUGAGUUCCCUGACACUCUGACAGUCACAGCAAUGUCAUAUGUGGCUCAAAAAUGGGUUGAAUACAUGUUCAUGUAUGUCUUCUUUAGUCUGUUGGCUAUUUAGGUUUUUUC